AUUUAUCGCAGGUAUCAUUAAAACACAUUAAAGGUGAAAGUAAGUAAUGAUAAACAACAAUAAUAGUAGUAACAACAACAACAACAAUAAUAGUAGUAACAACAACAACAACAAUUACAAAAUGCAAACAACUGUAUUGACAACAACAACAACGGCAUUUGUAGCAAUGGUGAAGAAUUACAACUACAGCUACGAUAGCAACAACAAGGAGAAGUACUGGUAAAGCAGCCGCACAGAAAUGUAAGUCAUUGUUAGGUUUUCAUCGUUUUAACCACAAGACCUCUGUGCAGUGGCAUGUGAAGAAGACUUGUUUGUUAAAGGAAGCAACUGCAUACAACAACAUCAUCAACAACAACAAGUGUCUAUGAAAAUGUAAAAGAAACUAGUUUGUCACGGCGUUGAAGAGUCUGUUUCGUGUCAGUCUCAGACACAAAGCUCUUGACAGAAUUAAAAACAAAACAAAACAAAAAACAAAAAAAAAACACACACACAGCAAGAUAACAGCAAUUAGGAAGAAAGAAAGAAAGUGUUAUUGUUGGAGAUGUUACAGUCUUUGUGGUGAUGCCACACUUUGGAAAUAUAGAAGUUAAUAACAAGACAUCGAAGUUGGUUAAUUAUGAUUUGGAAGUAAGACAGGUUGUCGGAAGAAUUGUGAAGCUUGUGGUCCGAACUAGUUUCGUUUAUCAUCUAUUGUUAAAUGUGGUCGUUAUCAUCACUUUCUUAGACGACCCGGUCAAACGAUGGAUAUAUACAAGAAAAUUAGAAAGAAAAAAAAAGAAACCGUCUAUAAUUUGAACGGUAUGUCGCUCUGUAUACACACCACUAUUAUGUAGAAUAUGUAUAUGUAAAUAAAUAUAUAUAUACACAUAUACAACAACAACAACAAUAACGGUAUAGUCUAGAAUCAACACGCAAACACUGACGCGUAUCAACAUAAUGUAGAACAAGAAAAAAUAGCUAAAAUAAUAAAUAUAUUCAUUGAUAUAUUAUAAACUAUUUUCCAUUUUACCACCAUAGACUAUAUAUUUAUAUACUAAUAUAUGCCAAAUAUAAAUAUAUGCCCAUAAAUAUACUCUUAAAAAUAAAAAACAACCAAAACAAAUAACUACCCCCGUCCGCCACCCCGCUAAAUGGUAUUAUGAAAUAAAAGGGGGGAGUGAGAAUGAAACUGUGAGAGGAAGAGGGAGAAGGAGGUAAGGAGUGAGAGUGAGAGAAAGAGAGAGGGAGAGAAGGAGACUAAAAGAAAAAAAGAAAAGCAAGAACAAAAGGCAAUAUUAAGUCAAGUUUUUUUUUUUAAAUAGAUACAACCACCAACACUGAUAGGCUACUACUACUACUACUACUACUACUACUACUACUACUACUACUACUACUACUACUACUACUACUACUACUACUACUACUACUACUACUUGUGUGUCUGUUAUGUUUUCUGAUAUUUUUUUAAUAUAUUUUCUUCGUAACAGAAAGCAAAACAUGUUAGAAUUUUUUGUAUAAAGUUGCCAAAGGUAAGGGGAAAAAACAUUAAAAAAAACCCCUAACAAAACAAAGAAUAAAAAAGCAAAAAAAGGUAGCCAAAACGAUUACAAAAACAACCAUGCACCAGCAACAAUAUCAACAACAGUUUCUUCACUUAUAACAAAAAACGUUGCCAAUUUCGAAUUACUUUCGGGAAUAUAAGCAUACAUUAUUAUUAUUAUUAUUAUUAUUAAAGGGAUUAAAAGUAACCCUGACAUGAACACUGACCAAAGGAUUUACCCUGAAUUCAUCAUAGUUACGGAUUACUACACGUGUGGAUUUUGGUUUUAAUCAUCGCUCGAAUCUUGGAAUACAUCGCUUGGAUUAUUUAAAUGACACCAAUUAACUAAUACGGAUUUCAAAAUACGCGCAUCUACGUUCAUACAUAAGUACAAAUGUAUGUGAUCUAACACAUCGCACACACGCAUACACACACACACUCACGGACACACGCUGACACAGUCACAGAGGUAACUACAUACACACACUCACACACACACACACACGCACGCACACACACACGCACGCACACACACACGCACAUAUACAUAUGUUUGUAUGUAUAACCAUAAAUAUGCAUGAUGUUUAUCAUUUUAUUAUUUUUCAAUAAGGUGCUAGUUGAGAAGUAAGUACGUAAGCUUCUAGUUUAUAUUUAUUCAAAUUUGUUCUUCUAAGUAUUCACCUGUAUACUUAAAAUGUUCUUAUAGUAAACAGGUAACUCACGCGACUGUGAGGGCAGAAUCGGUAGUAUUGGGUAUCAUAACUCGAAUUUAGCACUACAACAACUAUAAGUAAUAAUCACAAUAAAGCAAAAAAAAAAAAAACAGAUAAGUUAGAAUUACUGUCUUAAUUGAUAUUGUUGCAAAAUAGAUUAUGUUAAAAAAAUCUGCUCGUAUAUGAGGCUUCUCCUACAAAGUAUUUAGACAGACUUCAGGGGUUUCCUUAAGAUAUAAAGGUGGUUUUUAGAACACAUAUACACACAUACAAGCACUGUAUAUAUAUAUAUAUAUAUUUAUAUAAAUCUUUGGUAAUUUUCAGUAAAAUUAUAUUUUACUUUUCGAUUAUUUAAAAGAUUAGAAAUUGUUAAAUAUUAGAAAUCGUUAUAAAUAAGGUUAAGCAGGUAGCAUGGUACCUAAUUUAAUUUAGAUAUGUGUGCAACAAUAAUUAAAUAUAAGUUUAAUUAAAAAUUAUUUUACAUUUAAAAUUGCUUUCCGUUAAAUAACGUGCAGGUGUACGUUUCAGUACAUAUGUUUAAUUACUCAGUAACAUUACCAUAGCAAGUUAAAGAUGUAUAUAUGAUAAUGUACAAUUGUAUGUUAUAUACAUACAUGCAUACAUCUAUGCAUACCUAGAUAUCUAUAUAGAAGCAGAAAUACUACCAUGUAUUUAGAACAGAAAUCUAGUUAUAAUAUUCGUAUGUUAUAAUAAAUUACCAUCACAACUAGAUCAAAUUACCUAUUUUAAGGGCAAAUUUUUACCAAAAUUUUCUUUGCAGACAAACAACAACAAAAGCACACGUCUAGAAACUUGGUUCAGUUUUGAAAGAAUGAAAGCUUUAGAAAGUCAGAAUGGACAGGGAAUAUUUCUAUUGUUAAACUGAAAACUGAAAAUCUGUAAUAUUUCCUUCAUAGUUCAACAAUACUAAAGAUAUCCCCUAAUGACUGUUUGAUCUCAUAAAUCCUCAGAUAAUGGUGUAUGGUAAAAUAGAAAUAAAAAUAAUCAUUAAAACAGAACUACUGAAAUCUAAUUUUAUGUUAAAGAAAGAUAUGUGAAAAUAAAAAAAAAGAAGCAAAAUUAAAAACAUUCAGAACAAGAAAAGAAAGGGAGAAAGAAAUAGAUAUUUGUAUAUCUUUAGGUAAAUUCUCAGACACAAUUUCUAUAAGCAAAUCGAUGAAACCAUAUGCAAGAAAAAAUUUAUUAUUCUUGAAGUUAGUAGACAUAAGGCUGGAACGAACGGUAACCAUGUUAAAUAAAUACAAAACUUGACGAAUGCUAACAAAUUAGAUGAAUUUAUUAAGACAAUUUUGAGCCUAAAUAACUAAAAUAUGAACUAAGGUGGAAAUGGACAUACAAACAAACUAAAAGCUUAAUAUGUAUGGGGAACAUAAGGGUUUUGAUCAGUUGAGCGUUGUACGGCUUCGUUCAUAAUGCGGCCCCUGCUGUCCCAAAUCGCUGUUUUCGUCUCCUUAGUCAUGCCUCUGGUGUGGAUUAUAAUUCUUCCUGGGGUCAACACACAACACAACCGCACGAUCGCAGCCCUAUUUGACAAGGCUCAGUACUCCCUGCUCUCACGUAUCUUCACUAAAGCUAUUACAGAAUUGCGAAACAACAGUACACAAACCCGGUUUCAAGGCUACAAAGUUAAAGCAUCGACCAACUUCUACGAUGUAAUCAACGAGAUAUGUCGUGCCAUUAAACACGGGAAUGUGGAAUCAUUUAUUGUAGUGGGUAAAAGCCCGACAAUUCACGCCGUUAAUAUUGUGGCGGAGGCCUUGUCAAUACCAGUGCUUGGCUACAUGCUCGGAGAAGAUACACUAAAGAUUGGUAAUAUGAUGUACCUCAACUUGAAACCAAAUAAUGCUCAGUUGGCAAAAGGUAUAAUAGCCUUCUUGGAAAAUUACGAUACGGUACAUACUUUUAGUCUCAUUUCACAAGAGGAACUAAUUGGCGAUGGUUUUACUAGUGAAAUUACCAAACUGAUUCAGGCACACAAAUGGAUAUUAGAAGAAAGUAUAAAAAUCUCCGAAAGUGAUACGGACGAAAUAAUAAAUGUUAAGAUUCGUCAAUUACGCGACAACAAGGCCCGUAUCAAUAUACUUCAUUGUAGCAAUAAUUUAAUUACCAGAAUCUUUAAACAGGUAUAUUCAAUUGGAUUAAAAGACCGGGAUUAUGCCUGGCUACUGACUGAACAUGAUUAUAUACGAUCAACAGAACGAUAUCACUCUUUCCCGAUUGGAUCGCUUUCUUUUUCGUUGAGCGUCACUAUAAACCAAGAACAUAUAGUCAGUGACGUUGUUAAUCUUAUAAGCCAGGCCAUGUCUCAUAUUAAGCAUCUACCGUUUGGAAGUAAGCGUGAAUGUUCAAAAAUUGCAAACUCUAAACAAAUAGCUCGGGGUAAAGCACUAUACAAAUCAAUACUUAAAGCUUCCGGUGCCAGCCCAUUCCUUGGACCAUUAUUUUUUGACAGUGAUGGCCAUAUACAGAUAUCGAAUUUUAUAAUCAAAAACCUAAUACAUGAUGGAGAAAAAGUGACAUGGAGAGAGAUAGGCUAUAUUCGCAAUGGUGAUGUCAGGAUUCGUGAGCCUAUAUGGCCCAUUGAUCAUAUUCUACCAACAUCUGUGAACGGACGUACGCGUUAUCGGAUUGUUACGAACCCUGUUAAACCCUUUGUAAUGGAAGAGGCUCCACAUAAGGAUUACAACGAAUGCAUGUCAGAUACACCUUGUUUGAAACUAUCCUCUAAGGAUAAAGAACGGACUAUAGAAGCUCUUCGAGACUUCGAAGCCGGUGUAUUAAAUCAGAGUAACCCUUGGGAAAUACGUUGUUGUCGAGGGUUAUCGAUUGACUUAUUAAAUAAGUUGUCUAUCGACUUAGAUUUUGACUUUACAUUAUUUCUCGUUUUUGAUAAAUCCUAUGGAGCCUACAGUAACGGAUCGUGGAAUGGUAUGAUUGAAGAUCUCCUCGAGAGCACAGCACAUAUUGCCAUGGCAGCCUUUAGCAUCACCAAGUCACGUGUCAAAGCUAUUGAUUUUACGGAUCCUUAUUUUUUCUCAGGGUUUUCUAUCCUAGUUGCUGAUCGUGUUAGGGAUCCACAUAUGCAAGCAUUUUUGGAACCUUUUUCCAUAGGUGUAUGGUUUGCGAUUUUUAUCAGCGCCACAGUCACUGCCGUUGCUAUGGCCUUGUUUGAGUGGAACAGUCCAUUUGGACUAAAUCCAUGGGGACGAAAACGAAAGUCAAAUUAUACAAUGGCUUCCGGAUUAAACAUGGUAUAUUCUGUAUUAUUUGGUCAUACAGUCAGCACCAAAUCCCCGAAAGCAUGGCCAAGUAAAGUCAUGCAAAAUUUCUGGGCAUUUGCUGCAAUAUUUAUAAUAGCAAGCUAUACUGCCAAUCUUGCUGCCUUCAUAGCCGGGAAAAAUAAUGGAGUCGGAUACAAUGGAAUCUAUGACAGCAGAUUAUUGGACGCAAGAGUAGGUGUCCUUGGUGGAAGUGCAGUAGAAGCCUUCAUUAAUCGUAUUCACCGGCCGAUUUUCCAUGCAUCACAAAAUUAUUUAGUCAAUUCAUCUGAUACUGGUAUCCGAAUGUUAAUAGACGGCAAGUUAGACGCAUAUCUCGGAGAUUACCCUAUAUUGGAUUAUGCACGCGCGAAAUUAGAUCCAAAUUGUCAACUAAAACUUGUCGGGCAGACAUAUGGGGAAGAUGGUUACGGAAUAGGGCUACCAAAAAAUUCCACUAUACGUAUUCCUUUAUCUGAAAAAAUUUUGGACUAUCACCAAAGUGGCUUCAUUGAAGAUUUGAUAGAGGUGCACUUUGCAGACGCCCAGUGCUAUCAACAACGUAUGACACAAGAGGAAUCACAGCUCGAAGUGCAACAUCAUGCUGGACUUUUUGUUCUUCUUACUGUCGGUAUUUUAUUGGGAAUUAUUGUAUUGUUGCUGGAACACGCCGCAUUUAAGGUUCUUGUUCCUUACUUUCGAGCAACGCCAGGAAACAGCUGUUGGCGGAGUUCACACGUAAUGUUCCUCAGCCAGAGAUUACAUCGGAUUAUAACAAGCGCUGAAUUGGUUUCUCCUCAAGAUUCUGCCAAAGAAAUGAUCAGUAUUGUAAAAAAUAAGGAAUUUACACGUCUUUUCCAAAAGAGCACCAUAAGAAAAAAUAAACUAGCUGAUAUGGCAAAAACAAAAAGAUUAAACAGAAAUUUUUGUGAUGUUGUAGCAAAAGCAAAAUGGCGUUCCAGUUCCAGGAUGCAAGAUUUGAAAGAUAACAAUUUGAUUGAUGAUUCCAGUACAGCAGCUCCAGAAAUCAUCGAAAUACCAUUGAGAGACUUAUGCACAAAUAUUGACCUUGAAGCUCUUCGCAAACAAAAUGAACCUGUUGAUGGUGAUGAUGAUUGGCCAAUAACAUGGCAAGAAGAUUGGCUAUUAUCUGACCAUGAUGAAACUGUACCAUUAAAUGCUGACAACAGUUCAUCACAACCACAAAUCUGUCAGAGUGACUGCACACUGUUAUUAGAAAGCCCCGCAAAAAGGGGUCCCAAUACACCAAGUAAAACUUCUUUGGUGGAUUCAGAAACUUUUAGCAUGGGUGAAGUAAACUCGGCAAUUGUAUCUGACGAAUGCAACAUUGACUUAAAUCUCGAUGUAGAAGAAGACCAGCAAAGUGACAGGACUUUAGUAUGCCCAAGGCAAUCGAGUCCACGUGUUCGCUUUGCUGAUAAUAUUAUCAAUGGUCGUUUAUCAUGCAGUGAUUUAUCGUGCAUGCCAGGGGAGGUCCCCAACAAUGUCUACGAUAGCAAGUAUUGCAAACGGAAGUCGAGCUGGUGCGAGGACCGCAAUAAUAUCCUCGCUUCGGUUGGCUCAAAGAACACAAGAGUUCUGCCAAUGAAAAAUAACAAAUUUAAAUCUCUCAUCUGGAAGCGGCCCUCGUUGCAGGAUCAACUUCUGCCCUCAAUGCAAGCAGGUUUCUGCGUAGAAAAUAUUACAAAAGAAGAAUUAUUGGUGAUGUGGAAGACAUCAGAAAUUGAGUUGACAAAGCGUUUGGAAAAAGCAUUAAAAGAAAAGGCAAAACUAGAAGAAAAACUUGCUGAUUUAGAAUUUGGUUCUCUUGUUUAACAAAAAAAUAAAUAAAUAAAUAAAACAAUAAAAAAUAAAAAUUAAAUAAAAUAAUGUUAAUGAAUAAAUAAAAUAAACAAACACAAAAAAACAAUGAGAACAAAGAAAUAAAUAAACAAAAAUAACAAAAUUAACACAAAAAAGUUGACUGUAUUUACAUUUUUUACUUGAGAACAAAAAGAAAAAAAAAAAAAUUAUAUGUUGAUAAUUCUAGUGUAAAAGAAGCAGAAAUGGAAGGAUUACA